AGUGCGUAAUGUCCUACUGUACAGGGCCCAAGUACUGGGUUGUGUUUAGAAUUAUGAGACAAUAAGUCGUGAGUCAAGGAAUCGAAUAAGGUUAUCAGAAGGUGUCAGAGAAGCGGAUGAGGUAAGAGAAGGUAAAUGGGAAGACUUCAGCGGCAUCCUAACAGCUGGAUCGUCUCAGGUUGUUGGACUCUCCUCUUGCCACCAUGAGUGCUUCCCAGGUCCCCAACCCCCCUCCCUUCUACAGUUGAUGACGCUGCAGCUGAGCUGGAAAUGGCAGACAGUAUUAGGACCUUCCUCUGCUAUGUUGCAACGGGGAUUAAGGACUCCAUUUUGGGGAUUGGAACGAUCUCCAAGCUGGACACCCGUAUUCAGCAGAAAAGGGAAGAACAGAGGCGAAGACGGGCCAGUGGAGCAUUGGCGCAGAGACGGGCACAUAGUGUGGAACGGAAACAUGAAAGUGAACCAAAAGUAGUAAGCCGAAUUUUUCAAUGCUGCGCUUGGAAUGGUGGAGUGUUCUGGCUCAGUUUAUUUCUAUUCUACCGGGUGUUUAUACCACUUCUUCAGAAUCUUACUGCAAGAAUCAUUGGUGACCCUUCUUUGCAUGGUGAUGUCUGGUCCUGGCUGGAGUUCAUCCUGACUUCUGUGUUCAGCGCUCUCUGGGUGCUGCCUCUCUUUGUCCUCAGCAAAAUCGUCAAUGCUAUUUGGUUUCAGGACAUUGCUGACCUGGCGUUUGAGGUAUCUGGACGUAAGGCCCAGCCCUUUUCAAGUGUUAGCAAGAUCAUUGCUGACAUGCUGUUCAACCUCCUCCUGCAGGCCCUCUUUCUCAUUCAGGGUAUGAUUGUCAGUCUCUUCCCCAUCGAUGCCAUUGGUCAGAUGGUCAGUCUUCUCCACAUGUCUCUGCUGUAUUCGCUCUACUGCUUUGAAUAUCGCUGGUUUAACUACGGCAUUGAGAUGCACCAGCGGCUUUCCAACAUUGAGAGAAACUGGCCCUAUUACUUUGGCUUUGGUUUGCCCAUGGCUUUGCUGACUGCCUUGCCAUCUUCCUACAUCAUAAGUGGCUGCUUGUUCUCCAUCCUGUUCCCCCUCUUCAUCAUCAGCGCCAAUGAGGCCAAGACUCCUGUUAAACUGUACCACUUCCAGCUGCGCCUUUUCUCCCUGGUGGUGCUUAUCAGCAACAAGCUGUUCCACAAGACGGUGCACCUGCAGUCCUCCCUGACGGCCUCUGCCUCCUCCGAGAGACUGCCUUCCCCUCGCACCUCCCCGACCCGUGAGCGCCCCCUGCCUGCACAGUGAGCUCCACCAGGAAGCAGCUGAAUGCACCACAUCAGUUCCCGAAGAGAAGGGAAGCAUAAAAUCACACAGGCAGGAGGACUGAAGCUUAUAGACCCCGAAGACCCUUCAGACAAAGGGAUGAUAUUUGCUUUAUUAGGAGAGGGGGUUUCUGAAGUCUUUCUUUUUUUUUUCUUUCGUAGUGCGUUUUCAUAGCAAUCUGAUCAGGCGUAUUUAAUGUGAAUGAUGUGUGCAACCACAGGACUGCCCUGUGCCUCACAUAUACAUAUAUACAUACAUGCAGAUAUUUAUAUAUAUAAUUUUUUUCCUAUAUUUUUAAUGUUUUGUACAGAUUAUGUGCCAUUUGUCUAAAGAACUUUUCAAUCACCUCAAUGACACAAGUGUACAGACAUGUUUUCCCCUGACUGAUUUUCCUUAAACUUAUAUGUGAUGCAUUUAUUACUCUGAACCCACUGUGUCUUUUUAAUCCCAAAACUAAUCCUUCAUGCAAGGUCAGAAUUAGAGACCAGGCAAUGUACGAAUUAGGAUUUUCCCAUUACUGACAGACUGAACACCAUGGAACCGUUCAAGUGCUAUGUGAUUUUAGUCACAAUAUUUUUCCCAAUACAGCUGUGAGCACCUGCAUCUUGGUAUUGUGUCCGUUAAGUCAGUGAAGAGAGGGUGAAGCGAGUACUCUUUUACAGAUAAAUAUAUCAGAGGCAAGUGAGGUAGGUCUGCAUGUUACCAUUGAGGGAAACACCUAUGCUCAGUAGAACAGCCCUGUAGUUUUUUGUCAUGUGAUUUUAUUCUGUCAUGUGAAUAAUAGGAUUUUCUUCUCACACCUAAAUCAGAUUAGCUGCUGCUACACAUUUAGAUUUUUUUUUUUGAAUUGCUUAUUUUCAACAAUUCAUCUCUGUAAAUUCAGGGAGUUACUUAACUUACUUACUGGACCUGCUGUCCAGGGAUUUUUGAUUCUAAAGGGAGAUGUUUUAUACUGCCUUAUGAGAGGAAUCUCAUUUAUACAGUUCCGAAUAUUCUACACUUCUCUGUUUCUAUGAAAAAAAUAAAGCAAUCUACUUAUACCAGCCAAUAUUGCAGGCAAUUGAAGGGUAAGAAAUGAAGCUUUAUUAAGACGUGUUAUAUCGAUCCCUUAAGUUGGGACACAGGAUGCCAUUCAUCUCUUAAAUUUUGAAAAAAUCUAAAUGUAUUAUUUUUUUGCAUUAAUGAGUAAAUACUGGUAUUUUGGUUGUUCAUAUUGUCCCUCCACAAAGGGCAGACAUGACUGCAUACCACACCUACCUUUUCUUACCAGCAGUUUAAUUGGGGAAUUUGAUGCUCUUUCUUUGAACCUCUUCAACUCACUUUGAAGGCAAUUUGAAGGCAGCUUUUUGAUUUGCGUGUAUGGGCAACAUGAAGAUCAAUCAUAUCUGGUUUUAUGUAAAUGUGUUUAGAAGUCCAGUUGUAUACAGAUGCAGGGAUGGUGGGUGUAAAAUGGUAGAGUGUUAGUAGCUUUUUGUGAGCCACAUAACUUUUGGUACUGUAAUAGAUAGCUGAUGAUUUUUGACUCUACUGCUGGCUAUAAGACACUUCUUAACCAGUCCUGUGUUUUGAUGGAUCCAACACUAAGCACUAAAAUGCAGAAAAGCAUCCUGAGAGUUCAGUUCCAGGCUUCCACAAGCACAUACCCAUCACAGCAACAGUUGUCUGUACAAUGUGGUCAAUGUAUUCAAAUGACUUGAAAUGUUUGUUGAAGACUGAGGCAUAUUAUAAAACACAUUUUGGAGGUCAAGGUUCCGAUAUGUAUGUGAGAAGUAGAAGUAUGUUGUCUGGGAGCAGUGGCAGAUUUUAGUGACAGCCUCUCUGUGUUCUUCAUGUAUCACAGUAGGCUCUGAAUGUUCUCCUCAUGCCUGGACAGGGUCACCAUCACCUAGCUUUGAUAAAGUGAUGUUUGCUCAUGGGUUUGGGGGAGGGUAUUUUAAUAAAUGGUAUUUAAUUAUUUUAAGGAGCAUACAGUGUUAUGUAUGCAGAUUCAUUAUUGUGAGAUUUGUAAAAGCAUUACACAUUUAUUUCAUUAAAGGUGGUCAGUAUACACUU